CCUCCUCUUCCAACAAACUCUCCUCUCCCCCACCAUCAAAAGCCAUGGACUCUAAUCUCACCUUAUGCCACACCCUCUCUGCCAUCUUCCUCCUUUGUCUCCUAGCCCAGCGCCAUGUCCAAGCCACCGAAUACAUGGUGGGCGAUGACCUCGGGUGGGAUACGGGCAAUAACUACCUCCUCUGGUCCCAGAAAUACAAAUUCUCAGUAGGCGAUGUCCUCGUUUUUAAGUAUGAAGAGGGGCAGCAUGAUGUGUGUCAGGUGAGGGAGGAGACGUAUAGAUCAUGCGAUCCUACUUCGGGCAUCACAAAGAUCUAUAACAGUGGAAAUGAUCAAGUGAACCUGACAGAGGGAGGGAAGUAUUGGUUUAUCUGCAACAUCACCGGCCAUUGCCAGGGUGGGAUGAAGUUUGGCAUUAGCGUCGCAAGUGCAAGCCCGAACGGAGGCGGCGGCGGCGGCUUGGCACCACCACCUGAGGAGCAGGGCGGUGGAGCAGCCGGGGAAGCGGUGGGGAGGGGGAGGGUAGGGUGGGUGCUUGGCUUGGCUAUUGGUGGGUUGUGUUUGUUGAGUUAUUGAUGAAAUGAUGACUGUUGGUAGAGUUAGCUGUCGCAAUUAUGGACCAAGUCACAAGUGGUUGGCUCUACAUACCUUUCUGUGUUUAAAGAGAGAUAAUGUUAUAAUUGAUCGAUUCUAUUCAUUGUUUUUUUCUCUCUUCCUCCAUCUGGGCCAUUGGAUUGGAGGGUUUAAUGAAUGCUGGUGGACUAGGUCACAAUUGGUUGAUUCCAUUUCCUCUGAAAAAUGACAUGAUUGAUUGCUUCUCUAUUCACUCUUUUCUUCAUU